AUGACUUUUGCCGAAGAUUCGCACACCAAACAACCGUUCUUGACGACAAGCUUUACAUCGACGGCGGCUAGCCCCGAGGUUUGCAGACAAGCUUUUUUGGUCACUGACCGCACUCCAGAUACCUGGCUCGCGUACCACGACCUCAACAACCUCGCCGAACGCGGCGGCGAUCUUUGGUCAGACCUAAAUAUCAGCCUAAGCAAAAACGACAGUAUCCCGAGCGUACACGGCGGCAUCCUCUGGGGCGACAGCGUCAACAAGCGAUUCUACCUCUUCGGCGGCGAAUGGAACAACGGUUUCUCACAAGGGACUUAUAGCCUUCUGAGCUACGAUAUCAUCUACGACAAAUGGGAUCACUUCGGAACGCCCGAUAUAACCCCGCUGCCGAAGAUUGCCUCGUACGGCGCUGGUGUCGGUAUCUCGGAGACUGGCAUGGGCUACUACCUCGGAGGAUGGAUAAGCAACGCCUCGAUGAGUGGAUGGACUGGCGACCGAACGAUGAGCUCCAACUUCUACACGAACUCGUACGACUCGGGAAAGUUGAGGCAGGUCGCUAGUCUCAGCUGA